AUGAGCGUGAAUCGUGCUUCAUAUGGCCAGCUCACUGAGGGGGGGCCAAUAAGCCUUCCGCUGUCUGAGAACCAGGUAUCUCACCUCGCCGAAUACCAAAUACUGGCAGUCGUCGCCAAGCAUUUGGAGGCUCACUUCGUAUGCGCGGUUGAGAUUGACGGUAGAGCGUUGUCAUUCGGCAACUCCAUCCAGCAACAGACAUGUGUGGGUAAGCCUGUACGUGGGCAGAUGAAGGGGAUCCUCAGCAUUCCAGGCAAAACUUCCAAAACCCUGGUUGCCAGAUAUUGUCUGCGUUCUGGAGUGUCACCAAAGGUAAUGCAGGCUGCGUCGUCUUUCCCGAGUGAGAGACCUUCCAUUCGCUUCUGGGUAGGCCAUGAAACUAGGGCACAGUUUUUGGUUCGGAGGAACCUGGACUACAUCCUCGGCUGCUGUUCAGUCGUCAUUCCUGGUUCAAGGGAGAUCGUCUGUAUGCUUACCGACCACGUAGCGUUGCCAUUGGGUUGGAACAGGGAUAACUACUGGCAGGCGCGUUUCUUGAUGGAUGCACGACAAAGCCUCCAUAAAAUAGCUGCCAGCCAAGAUGCAGCGAGAUACACUCAGCAGAUUGAGCGAGUCCUGCGAGGGCACCUGACGUGGGUGUUCGAUCUUGCCGAACGUCCCCACGGAUAUUGGCAUCGGAGCUAUCUUGCGACUGGCAAGCCAAAGGAUGGUCCUGUAUUCCAGCUUGAUCAGCAAUGCUACCCCUUCCUGGAAUUAGCGGACUUGUAUGACAUGUUCCCGGAGCAGUCGGGCUUUGUCAAAGAGAUGCUGAGCCAGCCUGUCGUAGACGACUUCGUUGGGCUGGUAGCUUCGAAGACCGACGGGGCAACGGGACUGGUUGCAACAGAAGAGACUCCAGGAGAUGAUCCAGUCGAAUUCGAGUUCCAUUUCAGCUCACAUGUGCUCCUCUGGCAUACACUGACGCGCCUAGGUGCUCUGUUACGAAGGAUAGAGCCUGGGCAGUCUCAGAUUCUUGUCCGGAUUGAUUCAUUGGCAACCUCCUUGCGCAAGGCAACGUUGGCACACUUUCUACAACAGGAUCAACAGAGUAGUGAAUGGAUGUAUGCAUACCUGACCGACGGUCACGGAGCGUUCCGGAUGUACCACGAUGGGAAUGAUGUGGUCACUCUUUUCGCCAGAGAAUGGGGUUUCUUAGAGUCCGAGAUUGAGAUGGCUGCCUGGGAGAACACGAUGCGAUUCGCGAACUCGAGCAGGAACGAAGGCGGCUAUUGCAGCAAUGGGCCAUACGCAGGGCUUGGCAGCGUGCAUUCGCCUGGGCCUUGGCCAUUGGGGUAUUACCAGACCUGGCGUUUUAGCCAAGUGGUUGGCGAUCACCAGCUGGAGCAGAAGCUUUGGAAACAGAUAUGCGAUGUUAUGCAACGCGAUGGCACAUUUCCCGAGGCGGUCGAUGUUGUGACAGGCGAGUGUACGAGCAAGGCGUGGUUCAGCUGGCCGGGAUCAAUGAUUGGCAGUGGCUUGCUCCGCCAAGAGAACCGUGGAAAAUACCUAGAAGCGAGUUCAGAGCACUGCAUCGACUGUUGA